UUUCUGCAGUUGCCAACUGCCGUCCCCCGUCAAGGAAUAAAGACCUCAGAGGAGACCAACCACCACUGAAUCAACGAUACGGAUGGAAGCGGUCCUGUUUGCUGUAAAUUGGUUUGUCUUGGCAUCCUAAUUAAAUGAUAACCACAUUAAUGCUAAACAAUGCGCGAAACUGCCCACAAAACAGACCAAACAAACCCGAAGGAGAUAUGUCUGAAGCAGUUCUGUUUCCACGCUGUCAGGGAACAUUUUCCUUCCCUGAGCAUGGAGGCUGUUCUUGAUCUUCCAGUGCCUCUUAUUAAGGAGCUUCUUCCUCAUUUGACUGUGUGUCAGUUGGAUGAGAUCCAACCUGAGCUAAAUCAGAGAGGGAUAUCAACUCACUCUGGAUGGGCUACAGUCCUGAAGGACCUUUGCGGACCUAGCCGUGCAGCUGACUUUCCCACAGAAGAAGAGGCCAAACAUGAAGUUAUGAGAAUGCUUUUUACACUUGUAUUUCAUGGCUUCAGAAACCCCUUUGUCAAUAGAAACAGCUUGAAUUUAAACACACCAUCCUUCAUGUGGUCUGCAGCUAAAUGUAUCAAACAUUUUUUACUCAUUACAAGUUUGCGCCUUCAAAGUUUAACAGCUGAGCAGCGGCCUCUUCUGAACCUCCUGGAGAAACGUAUCAGGAGUGUUGGUGUACCACAGUCCUUUGAUCUAUCAAAGAGCAACACAAAACCUGCUCUGUAUGUUCUCCAUCGCCUGGUAGACCAUGGGGUGGCUAAAGAAAUGGUCAUAGAUGUGGACUGUCCCAUCACGCUGGCCUGGCUCCUACAUGGAAGGGGAUCUCAGUAUGUAAAUCCCAAGCUGAAGAAUCUCAUGCACAGCAAAAAGGAAAGCUGUAUUUCACACGCAGCUUCAGCCAGUGCAGACGGGGCCAGUUACAGUCCAGGUCUUGAAACCAGGGCUUCAAAAAAUGAGGAUGAACAAGCCCCCCCGUGCAAACGCUUCAAGUUGGAUUCUCGGACUGUGGAGGAGGAAUCCGGAAAUACACACUUUACUGUGGACCCACAGGUUCUCUGUCAAACCUUCACUCCGUGUGGUGGUCCCUCAGCAGGGUCUUGUCCAUGGGGCCAGAUUGAUUGUCUGAAGAUCAGACAUUGUGGGUCCCACUCUCUCAGAGAGCUGACCUCUGCCCUGCCCACAUUUUUCUGCCUUCGCUCUCUAACUCUUCACAGCUUCUCAACCUUCAGGGAUGCUGAUGUAUUGGGCCUGGCCAGAGCCCUGAAGCAGCUGUCUGAGAGCUGCCGCAGCUCCCUCACUGAUCUCAACAUCGGCGUCCUGCCUUACACCAAACUCACAGAGAUCCUGCUUGAUGCAAGCCCCAAGGUGACGUCCCUGCAUGUAGAGAUCCAAAGUGUAGCCUUGGGACCACACUUCUUACCCCAUCAUCCCAGGAUUGCUGAGUCAGACAUGUCAGCAGAGCUGCCCCUGGAGAAACUCACAGUCAAAGUAGCUGAGCUCCAAACAGAUCUGCAGUUCAUCACAUCUGUGCUGAGACGCUCCCCACAGCUAAACUCUGUUCACAUCGCCGGGAUGAGAUUACCAACUGGUUCCUCGCUCAGCCACCUCCUCACCACUCUCUCAGAGUCAAAUCACAACUUGAGGAGUCUCAACUUGGAAGACAUGAAGCUGUCUGAUUGUCUUCCUGAGAUCCUGAAUCUACUGAUGCAUUGCAAGUUGGAAGAGCUGCAGUGCAAUGACUGCCGCCUUCUUGAGAGGUGGAGUGACAAGCAAGAGAGUUUGCAGCAGUUGGUGGCUGCUGUGAAGUCGGUGCCUUCUCUCCACACACUCAGCCUGGCUCAGAAUCGGCUCGCCAAGAACGUGAGUGUGCUGGCAGAGCUGUUCUCAGGAUCGUCACCAAGCUCGGUGAAACGACUGGACAUCAGCUCUAACUUCAUUCAGCCUGCUGAGCUGCUCGAGUUCGCUGAGAAACUGAGGACACAUCGUCCUCUGCACCGACUGACCCUUGACCUCAGGAAGAACCCAGGUGAUCGAGACCCUGACACAUGGAACGCUGCACUGAACACACUCCGUCCAUUCUGUGUUCUGCAGGUUGGGGGAUGGAAAUCCACCGACACAAUGGUUGACCACAUCAGCAACAUGUGAACAAGAAACAUCUGCUCUGACUCUGCAGAAGUAACGGGCUUUAAAAAGUUGGUGCUGUAUGUUAACUUUGUAAAUUAGUCUUUGAUAGAGGAGAGCAACUGUGGUCAGUUUGAGUUCAGGUCAGACAGUUUCACUGAUGCAGUGACAAGUUUUCAGUUCAGGAAAACCUCAUAAAAACUUGUGGAACCAUGAGUCACUUGACUGGUUCUACAUGUUCUCAGAUAUUUAUUCUGUUUUUCUCCUGUAAUCAAAUGUUUUUAUUGUUAUGGAACACAGGUAAUUUUGAUUUGUAAUUAGUUGUGUGACACAUUUCAUUCCUGCUAUGUACAGUACAUUUAUUAAAUGUAACAUUUAAUUUUUGCUCUUGUACGCAGUUGGACAAUAAAAGCAUCUGGUGUUAGUUUGACAUUUGAAUCAUUUAUUAAACCAACGUCCGUUACACUUCCAGUCGUCUCUUGGACAGCAGUGACAGUGGACGUUAAGAUACAACUGAAAAAGCUGGAGGGUUGAUGUUGAGGUGAAGAGCAGUUUCACAGCAGCUGUCUCACACCUUCUCUUCGUUAUCAUUUUCUUUACAUUAGACGAACAGCAUCAACACCGACGACCAAUUCAUCAUUAGUAGGAAUCAAGUAGAAAAAACGGAUUAAAAAGAGCUCAAUCAUUUUCUUAGUGGAUGUUUAAUGCUAAAUACUGUAACACUUCUAUUCUGUAAAUUCAGUUUGUUUUCCUUGUAUAUUCUCACGUUUUAGUAAAUUCAAGUUGGAGAGAAUGGAGACCCAAUGUUUGCAUGCUAAUUGGUUGAUUUGCUGGGUCUAUCUACAACCAUCACUUACAUAAAACAAAGACACUCUCACAAACACACACUCAUACACGCUGCAACAUGUCAGUCUGGGCUGCCUCUCUCCGAGGCGUCUCCUUUACUAAGUGGUUACACAGGAAGUAAAAUGAAAACGUUUGCCUACACUCAUACCUCACAAAGAAGUCUGUUUGUCAGUGAGUGAGUGAGUUUGACAGUUUUAAUGGGGAAAUGUCUCUGAGACAUGAUUGGCUGUCUGAACAGAUGAGCUCAUCUGCAUAACAAAAAAAAUAUGAACUAUGAAAAACAGCAGGAUGCUAUGUUCCACAUAUCUUAGGAUGGCAAGCAAAUUGGUAGCAAGUGUAGCUGACACAUUGUAUCUCGGUAGUAAAUAAGCUGGCCAUCACUUAGUGUAGAAUUGGGACAGUGUUCAAACCUGGCAACCCCAUGACAAGGGCAAUGAACAUCUAUGAACUGCUGCUCAAACCAUUUUCAGACCUCUGUUUCUACAGGUGUGAAAUAAGACAGCGGUGGAGUUAGUGGAAGGUGUAUCAGUUUUAGUAAAGCUAAAUAGGCAGUUUCCCUCUGCCAAGAUAAAAUUAGCUAAGCUAAGCUAACCGAAAUAUGUUCAAAAUCUGCCAUAUUAUUACUGGAUGCGCAGAUACAAACUGAACUGAAUGUGUGUAAAGAUGUCAGUCUGCCUUAAACAAAGUGUUUGUCUGAUCAAUAAACAAUGUGAAACUCAGACUGACAAUUUUUUAUAAUUUUCACAAACCAGCAAAACAAUGACGCCUACUUCCGACAGCUAUAAGCUAGUUGUGGGUGCAAAAGUAGGUAAAGUGACCAAACAGGCAUGAAGGGCAUAUUCUUCAUUUUAGAAGUGAGCUCUGUUAUUUGUUUUCAUAAAAAAAUGUGGGUGAUGAUGAACUCUCAAUGUUGCUUCUAGACUGGUCAGUAAACAGCUGUUAAUGCUAACGUUAGCUAUGUAGCAAUAGCAAGCUCUUCACAAAAUGUGAGAUCUAAUUGGUGAAACAGUCUGUUCUGUUUACCAGUCGGACAUAAUGUUUUUCUUGCAUCUAGCUGCUAAUUUGAAUAUUAGAGGUGGAUGAGCUCAUGGUUCAGUGAUGAUGCUCACUCCUGCAGCCCAUCAUCUCAAUGACACAUGAAGGAAUCUCUCGUUUUUCUCAGAGCCUUAAAAAGUGAAACUGCUCCUCCAGACAAACCACUUCUCUGUGGAUAUGAGUCAGACCUACAGUUACAGAUAUCAGGGCUUAAAACACUUUCUGGUACUUGGAUAUAUGAUGGGUGGAAGCCUGAAUGGACUGUUCAGAGAUGGGUUUGAAUUGUCACUUGUAGAUCUCUAUCAGUGUG